CUGGAGCCAAGCAAAUCUGAAGCAGGAACAAAGAACCUCUUCCGAAUUUCCCACGUGGGUGCAGGGACUGAAGGACUUCAGCCAUCCUCUGCUGCUUCGCCAGGCCAUGAUCAAGGAGCUGGAUGGGAAGUAGAGCAGCUGGAACACAAACCAACACCCAUUUGGGAUACUGGCACUGCAGAUAUGGAUGUCAUGAGACCCUUGAUAAAUGAGCAGGAUUUUGAUGGCACAUCAGACGAAGAACAUGAACAAGAACUCCUACCUGUUCAGAAGCAUUACCAGCUUGAUGAUCAAGAGGGCAUUUCAUUUGUUCAAACUCUUAUGCAUCUUCUUAAAGGAAAUAUUGGAACUGGCCUUUUAGGACUUCCGUUGGCAAUAAAAAAUGCAGGCAUAGUGCUUGGACCAAUCAGCCUCGUAUUUAUAGGAAUUAUUUCUGUUCACUGUAUGCACAUAUUGGUACGUUGCAGUCACUUUCUAUGUCAGAGGUUUAAAAAGCCAACAUUGGGUUAUAGUGACACUGUGAGCUUCGCUAUGGAAGUAAGUCCUUGGAAUUGUCUUCAGAAGCAGGCAGCAUGGGGACGGAGUGUGGUUGACUUUUUCCUGGUGAUAACCCAGUUGGGAUUCUGCAGUGUUUACAUUGUCUUCUUGGCUGAGAAUGUGAAACAAGUUCAUGAAGGAUUCCUGGAGAGUAAAGUUUUUGUUUCAAAUAAUACUGAGUCUUCAACUCCAUGUGAGAGGAAAAGUGUUGAUUUACGGAUAUAUAUGCUUUGCUUUCUUCCAUUUAUAAUUCUUUUGGUCUUCAUUCGUGAACUAAAGAAUCUAUUUGUCCUUUCAUUCCUUGCCAACGUUUCCAUGGCCGUCAGUCUUGUGAUAAUUUACCAAUACGUUGUUAGGAAUAUGCCAGAUCCCCAUAACCUUCCAGUAGUGGCUGGUUGGAAAAAAUAUCCCCUCUUUUUUGGGACUGCUGUGUUUGCCUUUGAAGGCAUAGGGGUGGUUCUUCCACUGGAAAAUCAAAUGAAAGAAUCCAAACGGUUUCCCCAGGCAUUGAAUAUUGGCAUGGGAAUUGUGACAGCCUUGUAUGUCACAUUAGCUACUCUAGGAUAUAUGUGUUUCCGUGAUGAAAUCAGAGGCAGCAUAACUUUAAAUCUUCCCCAGGAUGUAUGGUUGUAUCAGUCAGUGAAAAUUCUGUAUUCCUUCGGCAUUUUUGUGACAUAUUCAAUUCAGUUCUAUGUACCAGCAGAGAUAAUUAUCCCUGGAAUCAUAUCCAAAUUUCAUGUUAAAUGGAAACAGAUAUGUGAUUUUGGGAUAAGAGCCUUCUUGGUUAGUAUUACUUGUGCUGGAGCAAUCCUUAUUCCUCGUUUAGACAUUGUGAUUUCCUUCGUUGGAGCUGUCAGCAGCAGCACGUUGGCCCUCAUCCUACCACCUUUGGUUGAAAUUCUUACCUUUUCCAAGGACCACUACAACAUAUGGAUGAUCCUGAAAAAUAUUUCGAUAGCAUUUACUGGAGUUAUUGGCUUCUUAUUAGGUACAUAUGUAACUGUAGAAGAAAUUAUUUAUCCUACUCCCAAAGCUAUAGCUGGCACUCCGCAACAAUCCUCUCUAAAUUUUAAUUCAACAUGUUUAGUUUCUGGUUUAAAAUAGGAGAAGCAGAAAAUUUGAUCUUUUGUUUUAGUGUCAAUUCAGAAAGCAGUUGACAUAAAAAUCAAUGAAAUGCAUUUUCAUUGUCAUUGUCACAUACAUAAAGUAAUAUCAAACUAUUUCCUCUUGCAACAGUGUUAUAUUUUGGCAAUAGAUGACAAUCUUUACGAUAGUAGUAAU